AUGGCCUUCAUGAACGAGUUCCUGGAGCUGGAGUGGACCAGCAUGCAGCAGUUCCUCUACGAGAUCUCCAACCUGGACACCCUCACCAACAGCACCAGCUUCGAGGGCUACAUCGACCUGGGCCGCGAGCUCUCCACCCUGCACGCCCUCCUCUGGGAGGUCAUGUCCCAGCUCAGCAAGGUUCUCCCCACGGUCCUGGACCUCCUGGUGGGACCCAUUUUGGGGUCCCAUCAACCCCUGAACCCCAAGGGGGAAGUCACUGGGGACCCAGCCCCUUGUGUCCCACCAUGGGAGGUCACUGGGACACCAUCGACCUGUGUCCCACCACAGGAAGUUAUUGGGGUCCCAUCCACUCCUGCGCCCAAAGGGGAGGUCAUUGGGGUCCCAUCCAUACAG